AUGUGUGCCCUGGGCUUCCUGCUCCGCUUCCUCGUCAUACAACUGGUUGCACAGGUGGAUUCCAAGGGUACCUGGUGCUACGACUCUCAAGACCCAAAGUGUGGCCCUGCCCACUGGAAGGAGCUAGCACCUGCCUGUGGGGGCCCAGCUCAGUCCCCUAUCAACAUUGACCUCCGAUUGGUCCAGCGGGACUACACUCUUGAGCCCUUCAUCUUUCAAGGCUAUGAUUCCGCACCUCUAGACCCUUGGAUCCUGGAGAAUGAUGGCUAUACAGUGCGACUGCGAGUCAAUUCCUGUCAGCAGAACUGCCCAGCGAUCCGAGGGGCUGGGCUGCCGUCAUCAGAGUACCGGCUCCUGCAGCUGCAUUUCCACUGGGGCAGCCCGGGGAGCACAGGCUCAGAGCACAGCCUGGACGGAAAGCAUGCCUCUAUGGAGAUGCACCUGGUGCACCUGAACACCAAGUACCAGAGCCUGGGGGAUGCUCGGAUCCAGCCGGAUGGGCUUGCUGUCCUGGCCGUGCUGCUGCUGGAGGAGGACAGGGACAAUACCAAUUUCUCUGCCAUUGUGUCUGGCUUGAAAAAUUUAUCUUCACCUGGGACCUCUGUGAAUCUGACGUCCACCUUCCCGCUGGCUUCUCUGCUGCCAAGCGCUUUGGGGCUCUUGCGCUACUACCGAUACUCCGGGUCUCUGACCACGCCGGGCUGUGAGCCAGCGGUCCUCUGGACUGUCUUUGAAAACACCAUCCCUAUUGGACGUGCGCAGGUAGCCCAGUUCCAGACCAUGCCCCAGGCCGGGCCGCCAGGUUUGCACCCCAGACCUCUCAUGGAUAAUUUCCGCCCCCAGCAGCCUCUCGGAGGACGCAGGGUAUCAGCUUCUCCUGGAGCAUCCAUCCGGUCAUCUGGAGCUCAGGAGCCCAGUCAUCCUACCCAUCCCUGUUUGCACCUGGCAUUUCUGGGCUUGGGGGUUGGUCUGAGGCUCUGGUAG